AUGUCGAAUACAAUUUUAUUCCCGGACAAUAGUCUAACAAUUGAUUCGAUGGUGUUCAGUGAAAACCCACAGCUGGUGACCACUAAUGCCGACGAAGAGAUUGACUUCAUUUUCCAUUCAGUACCAUCUCAUGAUAGUAUCUUUUCAGAAACUGAUGCUAGUAAUUUUUCAAUGGAAGAUAUUAUGGUUGAGCAACCAAUUGAUAGUAAUUUGCAUACAUGUGAGUAUAUUUUGACUUGUCUGUUUUUCGUACAUAAACGUCAGUCAAAAGUUAAUGGACGAUAUAUUCAAGGCCCGAACAAGUUUGAUUAUCCAACAUUAGCGAUUCAUAUACCAUCAGACUAUCGUCAUUUAAAAUGGUUUCUAAAUAUUUACCUGCUUACUGAAUAUCACAAUGGUACUUAUUUCAUGCAUCCAUCAAAAGGAUUUUUAGGUGAACACUGUGAUAGAAAUACACCACUAGAUAAUCCUUGCAAAAUUCUUUUAUCAAACGAAGACAUUAGAAAUGGCAGUUUCAAAUUAAAACUACGGAUCAUAAAUAAAUUAGGACUUCCCGAGUUGAAAAAACAACCACUUGUAGAAUUUUGUUUUGUACAAGCGGCGAAUAAAAAUGAUUCUACUACUCCAUAUUCGAAAAAUUAUCAUCUUGGUUGUGUUCUUGCAAACGAGACGUUUGAAUUUAUAAAUACGCUAUGUAUUUCAAAUAUGAUGAGUGAAAGUACUACUAAAAAUGAAUUAACUGUUGAGAUACAUAGCCCUAAUGAAUCAUCUGUUCAUGCGAAACCAAUUUCCAGUUUAUAUAUUAGAGAACAAGGUAAAACAAGGUAUACGUACACAAAGGUUGACAAAUAUGAUUUAUUCAUGUAGAAUUAUGUUUCGAUGCGAACUACAGAGUGUGCUUUC